CUGCAGGGUGGAGCUGCCUUUGUGGUAUGGUGCCAGGAAUGGGGAAAGGUAUAAAAGUCCCAGCAGACUGCCAGAGACAGGAUCUCUGAGACACAGGAGUGUUCCAGUUUCUCUCUGCUGUGCUCAGUAAAGCAUCACCUUGACCAUGAAGGUAGCUGGUGUUUUCCUGCUCUUCUCCCUGGCGCUCUGCUUCUACCAAGGAAAUGCUGAGAUGGAUGCAGCUGCUUUCAGAGGAAUAGAGCCAUCUUGUGACAAUUUCAACCUGAGAAGAGGGUGUACAAGGGAGUUUGAGCCCAUCUGUGGCACGGAUGACAUCCUGUACAGCAACGAGUGCCUGUUGUGCCUCCACAACCUGCAAAGAAGCAGCCACGUGCGCAUCAAGAACAGGGGAAUGUGCCGAACUCCCCGUGCCUACUCCACUGGGAACUGAGGCGACUGUUCCAGAGAUGAGAGCACAGAGCUGCCCCCUGACCCGCUCAAACCCCCAAUAAAAUGGAAGCAUCGCCA